AUGUCCGAACACGAAGAAGACCACGAUCACGACCAAGACGACGAGUCGGUAGAUGGCAUUGUCAAGCGGCGAAGAAUCGCACGCCCUCGCAAAGCACCCCCCAGGGGAUUUAAACGCACCUCACCCAAGGCCGCCAGAAGCUUUUCGCAUGCCACCCACGACGAUUCAGAGCUCCUCGAAGGUGCCUCGACGCUGUCAGAUCCCUCACCAGCGUCCGGUCUCAAGGUUAGGCGACCGCCAGCUCCAGAGUCGUUCUGGUCCAGCGAUCAAGCCCCAAUUGGACCAGGUUCUGGUCCUGGAGACCUGACCGAUAGCAGCGUCCGGCAGCGGCUUGAGAACGCAUCAUUCUCGCCGGCAUCCACUGCUCCAAGGAGUGUCGAGCCCAUCGACCCAAAGGCACUCACAUUGCACUCGUCAGCAUCCACCUACAACCAACCUCUUCAACAGAAACACGCCCCCUUCUUCCUCAGCCGAUCGUUUAACCCCUCCACCAACGUGCCGCAGACUACACUGGAGGGCUAUCUUGAACCUCACAUUGGGCAGGACGACAGCCGGCCAGCAUCAGUGGAACCAGAAGACGGCACACCUGCCCUUUGGGUAGCACCAACAUCUGUCGUCGACACACCCGAUGUGGUUGGCGUUGGGGUCGUGUCAGAACCAGAGGCCCGUUGGUUGUUCGAACAGUUUGAACAGCAUGUGUCCCCCUCGUCACACGUUUUUGACCACCAAUACCACACCUACGAGCGCAUCCGCCAUUCUCCUGUGCUAUUCAACGCCAUCAUCUACGCAGCCUCGCGGUUUUUUCGCCCCAACGUGACUGAGUGGUGUCUGGACUUGGCCGAGACGGGCGUCUCCCGGGCUGUGAGGAACGGAAACAUCGAUCUACCUCUUGUCCAAGCACUGCUCACUUUGGUCUAUUGGAAGCGGCCCAAGGACCCUACUGCAUACUUCAAGCUCGGAAUGGCAACCCGGUGUAUUGCGCAGCUCGGAGUCCAGUGGCAUAUUGAAGAUUUUGACCCUACCAUGUCCGAGGAGGCUGAGAGAGCCCUCGUGGACGUUGAAAGGACCAUUUACAACGUCUUUGGCAUGGACAACUCGUACAGUAUCAUGUUCCGUCUCCCGGGGACGACGACUUGGCCAAUCCCACACUCUUCCGAAUUGAAAGUCUGGGCUCACAAACAUUCGCGCCUCAACGUCGAUGGUGACUUGUUCAAGGUCUUUCUUACCGAAUGCUGGGAGAUGCACCAGCGCGUUGGUGAACGAACUCUGUGGGUGUCAGCGCCCCGAGAAAACGACGAGGACAGUUUUACAAUCUGUUCGGUGGCACUCGACACCCUGGGAACGAUGCACGACCGCUGGCUCAAUGAUGAUCGGAGACUCAAGGGCAUCUUUCGUUCCAUAACCGCCGUGAUGCUCAAGACUAUGUUGAUCAAGCAGCACAUUCUCGGUAUACGGCAUUGCCUUUCAAGCAGUUCCACUGUCCUGGACCUUUUAAACGAGUUUGGGAUGGUCGUCCUCGAAAUUGUGGCCUCGGGAGAGGUUGUCUUCUUCUCGGACAUGUCGACAACUGCGCUCUCGAUGCCCGCAUUGCUGUGUUACAACAGCCGCCAAUUGCUGGAGCAGCCCGGAGACAUUGCCCGCGCCACCACUGUUCUUCGCGCCAUAUCAAACGCACUGGACAGUGUUGCGAGUCGCAUCACGGAAGAUCAUCCCUUGCGGUAUGUCCAACGCUGCUACAAACGCAUCCUCAAUGCUUUCGAAAAGUACCGGCCAGACAACCCCCAGCCACAGGACGAUGUGCUUGCGCAACUGCAGCUCUUGCUCAGUCAGAACUGGUCGUACAUUCCAACGCCCCCAAUACCGCCGCCAGUGACAUGA